CUGUCACUGGCCCAGCAAGCUCACAUCAUGCAGCCAUGAUCUUCUGUACGGAUGAUCUACGAGUUGUAGCCUUUACAAUCAUCGUAGCCUGUAAAUCAGGCGCCAGAUUCGCAGUUGACCAGUCCAUGAUCCAGGUGACAGUUGUCAAGGCCUGGCGCACUCCACGAGCACGAUAAUUACCUCCUUUGCUCUUGUUGUUGCAUUUCAAUUAGAAGCUAUAAAAUCGCAACAUACUUGAAGUUGGUUCAUUCAAAACAUUAUCUUCAGAGAAAAAUCGCCUAGCCUCUAGCUCUGGUUGAAGCCGCUGGUAGAGAACGCAGCCAUGGACGUGUCGGCUAUGCAACAGCCCAGCAGUCCGAAACACGAUGUGGAGGCUGCACGGAGUAGCCCUAUAUUCGCAGAAGUGGUGGAAGUUGAUUACUGCAAUGGGACCAGUCGACAGCUCGAAGAGUUUCAGCCGCCUGGACCAGAUGCCUACAUGCGGCUCGGGGCACUGGAGGCUAAAGUCUCCCAUCAGCAGGACACACGGGAUUUGCGAAGUUCGUUGUCUGCGCCGGCACUGGGAGCGCUGGCGACAUGCCCCACGCCGAGACGGCGAACAACGUUCGUAAGUGCUGCGCAAACUUCUUCAAGCGACCACGAAGCGAACGAAGAAACGACACCGAACGAAGCGCCUCUACCGUCGGCAAUGGAUAAGCGAAACAUGACCACGGACGAGCUCUUGGCCGAAGUGGAGAACUGCAAGAGAAGGUUGGCUCUGUUGCGUCGCAUAAGCUACAUGAACAGCGUGAUUGAUGACGCCGAGCGGACGGGUGAAAACGACGGUGACGAUCAGCCGGGAAACCCGUACUUCAGCAUGCCGUCGCGACACAUGAGCAUCUCGGAGGGAGAGCUGGACGGCCUGGAGCGAUCGAACGAGUUCCGAACGCCUGCCAAGACGUCGUCGUCAGGACUCACUGCACGGUACAACGAGCAGAAACAAACUCCGCUCAACAAGACGGGCACCAACCAGGACACAGCUAUGACCACUCCGGCAAAGAAAGAAAACAAAACCAACCUGAAGCGUGCCUUGACCCUAAACCGAGCCACAACGCAGCCAAAGAAAAUCCAGAAGAGAACAUUUCUGCAGAGGGUGAUCAAGAAAGUCACCCCGAAACAUUCGUAAUCCAAGUCGCAAGACAAGCCUAUUUUUGAAUUUUACUCUUGACAAUAUGCUGACUGCUGCUGGACUCUAUUACCACCCGUUCCUAUUCAAUUCCCAGAUCAGUUUUAGCACUAUAUCCACCAUAAUUGAGUUCACUUGAUUAAACGCUUCUCUUCUUUCUGCAAUAUCCGAUAGCCUCAUCUACGCUGCAUGUGUAUGUAUAUUUCAUGCUGCCAAACACUCCUUUCUACCGCUCUAAUACAGUACAGCAGUUGAUAAAUAUGGUGGUAAAGACACACCUGGCAAUAUGGCGGUAAACACACGCCUGCUCACA